UCACAGGCCCAGCUACUCUGUUUCUUACUUUCAUUUUCUGGUGAGCACAGUAAGAGUGUAGAAACUGAAAACUAGGGUUCAAGCUCUGCUUCUCCGUCGAGAAUUUUGCACCUGAAUCUGCGAAAAUGGCCAAAUUGAGGAAGCUAGGUCGACCCAUCGGUCACCGAAUGUCCAUGCUCAGAACCAUGGUAUUGCAGUUGAUAAAGCACGAACGCAUCGAAACAACUGUUGCUAAGGAGGUCAGAAUCAGAAGGCUUGCAGAUAACAUGGUACAACAUGGUACAACUUGGAAAGGAGAAGGAGGUGAGGAAGCUUCAUGCGGAGGAUGGCAUGGCGCCGCCGCCGUUGCUAAGUGUGUUCGUGAAGGGGAGGCUGAACGAGUUGGGUCGGGUCGGCCGGAUCUUGAGCGUGACCCGUGUGGAGAGAGGGGGUUAGGAGGCUUGGUUGGUGAGGACGAAAUCUGCUGGUAAUUAGGCCAACCCAUACUGACCACCACCCUCAACCAUGAACAAACCGAACAAGGGCAGAGGCAAGAGUGGGAGGAAGAAAGAAGAGACACGAGUUUGAUGGUUGAUUUCGCCGUGACCAUCGAGCCCUGUCGCCGCCGCGAGUGCAAGGUUCAAACACUCUGUUUCGGUGUACCGAGGUCACAGCGUCGGAGUCUCGUCGCCGUCCUGGGUCUUCUCGCCCUUCGUCUUCCUUCCUCCUCCGAUUGCUCUCUCUCAUGAGGGUUGGGUCUUCCUUCAUCCUCUGAUUGAACCCUGAUUUGGGGGAAAAAAUUCUGAGUUUGAAAUUUCUGGGUUCGAAGAUUGAAACUAGAGAUUGAGGAUGAAGAAGGAAAAUAUCGAGAUGGAAGGGUGGUUGUGGUGGUGAGUGGUGCUGGUGAAAGGGAAGAAGAAGGGUGGUUGUGGUGGUGAAUUCGCAUAUGGGGUGGGGGAGAGCAGAAGAUGAGUGGGGGAGAAAAAACGUGCUUUCAGGAAGAAGAUGGGUAUUUUUUUGGUACAAGAAGAUGGGUAUUUGUUUUUACAUUGAAGAUAUAAAUUUAAAAAUAAAAUAAAAGAUAAUUUGUUUUUUUUUUUAAUUUAGUGUAGGGGGUGCAGACAGUAAAAGGGGGUGAAAAUAGCAACAACCGUUAGCAAUUGGAUGGAAUGAUAACGGCAGGACUCAAUUUUCACAAAUUGAAAUAUGAGGGAGUAAAUCCGCUCGUUUUAAAUAUAGGGGAGGAAAAUCACACAAUGGAGAUACUUAAGGGAGCAAAAGUGCAAUUAAGCCUUUUAUUUUUUUAAAAUUCCUCAACUUAUGAUUAAUAACUAAUAAGAUUUAUAAUUAUUAUUAAGAAUAUAAACAAAUUAUUAUUAACAAUCUAUUAUUGUCAUUAAUGUAAGGUAGUUAAUUUCAAUUAUUAUUAUUUUUAAAAAAUUCACCUCAAGUUGUAAUGAAUAAUUAAAAUUUAAAUAAUUUAAAUAUUUCAUUUAUUAAUUUCAAAAAAUUCAAAGCAGUUUUUCUCAUAUUUUAUCUUUUAUACCCUUUAUAAUUUUUCUGCCACCUUUCACCACCAUCUUUUGUUAUAUUCCUUUUUUUUUGAAAUAAUUCCUAGUUUACUCUCUCUCUCUCUAGAUUAAUUGAGGCACAAGUCCGGGAUGGCAAUGGGUAGGGUCUGAGUAGGGUACUACAGUACCCAUCCCUAUACCCGCGUUUUCAAAAAGUACUCGUACCCGUCCCUAUACCCACGUGGGUAGAAACCUGAGUGCCCGUCCCCGUACCCUCAGGGUACCUAUAUGCCCGUACCCGUGCCCGUUACCCGCAAUUUAGUUAGUGAAAAUUUAACUUUCUUCAAUAGAAAAUCAAAAUAUAACUGCUGUUAUAAAAUAAAACUCAUUAAUUAAAAAUACAAAUGAUCAUCAAUAUUUAAGAAGUAAAAUCAUUUGAAUAAUCAUUUGAAUAAGUAUAAAUUUUAUAAAAAGAAUAAGCGAGAAUUGAAGCUUAAAAUUUAUAAAUUUAGAUUAUUAAUAAACUCUUAAAGUUGUCGGUUAAUAAUUUAUUUUUAAAAUAAGUGAAAAUAAUCAUGAACCGUACAUAUAAUAUUAAGACUUCACUUGCGUAUUUUUUAAAAGAAGUUGAGAAGUUACAUUCUAAGUUUAUUAAAAUAUACUACCAAUUAUGUGUAUGUAUAUGUAUAAUAUGUGUGGGGGGGUAUGGGGCGGGUUGGGUACUGUAGUACCCAUACCCGCACCCGUACCCAUUAAUUUUUGCGGGUAUUUACCCAUGCCCAACCCCAUACCCACCUAACGGGUUUUUACCCUACCCUUUGUGGGUAUUUUUUGCGGGUACCCAAUGGGUCUUGGACCCAUUUCCAUCCCUAAGUCCGCCCAUUAGAAAUUUUCAAUGUCAAUUAAUUCCCACUAAUUUAGGCACAAGUCGUCCAGUCGUGUGUAUCUUCGAUUCAAAAUUCAAACUCACCGCUUGGCUUCUCUCUCGCACAGCUUCGAUUCAAACUUGCACUGCUUCACUACUUAAACUCACACUGAUCCUUCUCUCUCGUGGUUUCUGUUUCUCUCACUCUCGUUCAAAUUCUGUGGAAACAAGGAAGGAAACAAGCAACGCGCGUUUAGAGACUCAGACCCAGGGCAGAGGUGUCGUCCCGAUCCUUCACCGCUCAGCGCCGUCGUGAUCUCUUUCUCUAAUUUAAGAUGGCGUCAGAACACUCCUCCUCCUCUUUAAUUCCAAUAAAUGCAAGAUAAAAAACAGAGGCAACCUAUUAAGGUUGAAGGCAUAAAAAAACUUCUGGCUCUUGGAUUGACAGAGGCAAAAAAAAAAAGGCUAAUGGAAAAAUCAAUCUUUUCCAAUUUAGUACAAGUUCGAAAUGUGAGAGAGAGUUCUGGCACUCUCAUUAGACUUUUCUGUAGACUUUAUCAUCCAGAAAAUAAAAAUUUUGUCUUGAACAACAGGGGGGUAACCUUCCGCUUUUGUGCCGAAGAGGUGGCACAUGUCCUGAGUAUUAAAAAUACCGGGACUGAUUUAGUUAACACUAAGGGGAAAGAAUUUCCUCAAUUCCUCUUUGACCUCUGCAACAAAUAUCCUCCUAAGAAAAAAGCACCAACAACAACCAUAAUAACAUCAAUGAUUAAGAGUGUAUUGAAUCAAAUGCUUGUAAAUGACGAAGAAAGCAAAUUCCGCUUCAAACAAUUGCUUUGUUAUUACCUCAUUGAGAAAAUUCUGAUGUGUUCAGCCAAUCCAAAGGCUCCUCGUAUGUCUUUUUGGGGGAUAGUAGAAAAUUUGGAGGCCUUGGAACAAGUCAAUUGGGCAAAACAAAUUUUUGAUUACACCUGUGAAGCUAUUUCUGAUCUUAAGAGUAGGACUCCCAAUGUUGUACAGAACCAAUUUAAGGGGUGUGCUCCAGCUUUAGAGACAAUCAUAUACGAAAGAAUCCAACCUUUACGACCACAGCUACAGAGAGAUAAUUCUUAUCCUCCGGUCCAAAAAUACUAUUCUCUCAGGCAGACGAAGGAUUAUUUUGAGGGUAUCUUGGAAAAGCUUGAAGCCUCGGAGAUAAUCAAAUGUCAAUGGUGUGGGGAUGGAGUAGAGGGUGAUGCUAGCCUUUCCACUCCCUCUACUCCCUCUUUGAUGGCGGAGGAGGAGUAUGAUAGGGUGCUGGUGGAUAUAGACUCUAUGACCAUGACUGAUGCAUCAUCUUCACCUGUUCCUUCCCAGGUGCCUCCUCCUCAGCCAGAGAAAGCUUCAUCAUCUUCACCAGUGCCUUCACAUGUGCCUUCACAGGUGCCUCCUCCUCAGCCUGAGAAAACUUCAUCAUCUUCACCAGUGCCUUCACAGGUGUCUCCUCCUCAGCCUGAGAAAGCUCCAUCAUCUUCACCAGUGCCUUCACAGGUGCCUCCUCCUCAGCCUGAGAAAGCUCCAUCAUCUUCACCAAUGCCUUCACAGGUGCCUCCUCCUCAGCCUGAGAAAGUUCAAAGGAGGUCGGCAAGGCCAAGAAAAGCUAAUCCUAAGUAUACCAAUUAGUUCAAGAAACAAUUGUUCUGGUUUUGUUUGGAACUAAUUUUGUGUAAUAACUUUGAUGCAUUUUCUGUUGUUUAUAAAGUGCAUUUGCUUU